UCUAAAAAUAAAUAUUUGCUCAGUUUUACAUUUUGCAGUUGGAUCUAUUAGCACUGUCCACAGGUCCAAAUGCAAAGUGAAAGUGUCACCCCCUUUAAUAACACUGUGUAAAGUUAAUAGAUGCACAAGCUGCAGGUUUUAAACCUUAAACUGUGGCCCCUGAUAGGGAUGAACAACAAAAUAUGUUUAUUUCAGCACAAGGACAGAGUGUACGAGAAUGACUGUUUUUAAGGUUUCACUUUCUGUAUUGUUUUCAACAAUAACCUUUAUUUCCCCCUCAUUAUAAUAGUAGUCAAACACGAGAAGAUAAUGAUUAUUAUCUUAGUUUUAUUUUUAAUUAUAGGAUAAUAUCUCAAACAGGCGUCCAUGGCGAGGUUUGGACCCCCUUCAUGCGUAAACGGUUCCAUAAAUCCAUAUUUCUGUGUCACACAAGCUAAAAAGGCAAACUGUGAAGGAUCAGUGACACUGUUUGGGUCGACAAGUGACAACGACUUGAUUUUCCACACAGUAGCUCUUUUUAACUCCCCGAGCCUGGAGGGACCCAAGGCACGGCCCUUAUUAUGAUUUGAUGAAAUAACCCCUCUGCCUCCUUUAAGCCCAUCCCUUUGCUGAAUGUACCCAGUGAUCAUCAUGCCAAUUUCAUAGCCUGGUGCACACUUUCUGUGCUGGAGAAUCAGGAGUGAUCCCGCAUGCACCUCCAAACUGUUUUUUUUUUCUUUCUUUUUUUUUUUUGUGUGAUUUUAAGGGAGAUUUUAUUUAGAGGCGGUGCUUGUUGGCUCCAGAGUAGCGUCGUAACGACACUUUUCCCCCCCAGUCCCUGUUAAAAGAGUUAGACCAGGGCCAGAGUUGGUGCUGGGGGGUCGCUUAUAGCUUAGUAAUUUCCUGGGGGGUAAUUGCUGCGUUUUUUUUUUUUUUUUUUUUUUAAAUCCCAGCAGAUUUUUAUUUUCUAUUUCAUUUUAUUUUUAUUUUUUAUUUUUCUACUUCUUUGAAUAUCGCCACUCUCUCUCACUCACUCUUAAGAUCUGAUACCCCUCGAGAUUUUUUCCUCCCCUUUCAGAUCAUGAACAAACUAUAUGUUGGGAAUUUAAGUCCUUCGGUCACUGUCGAGGACUUGAAGCAGCUCUUUGGGGAGAGGAAGCUGCCAGUGGCCGACCAGGUCCUACUGAAAUCCGGCUAUGCUUUUGUGGACUUCCCCGACCAGAACUCGGCCAUAAAGGCUAUAGAGACUCUUUCUGGUAAAGUUGAAUUACACGGAAAGGUGAUAGAGGUAGACUACUCUGUUCCCAAAAAACUAAGGAGUCGGAAGAUCCAGAUCCGGAACAUUCCCCCUCAUCUACAGUGGGAGGUUUUGGAUGGCCUUCUAGCUCAGUAUGGUACUGUAGAAAACCUGGAACAAGUGAACACUGAUACAGAAACAGCAGUGGUGAAUGUCACAUACGCAACCAAGGAGGAAGCAAAAGUAGCCAUUGAGAAGUUAACAGGACACCAGUUUGAAGACUACUCUUUCAAGGUGUCAUAUAUUGUGGACAUGGAUGCUGCUCCGCCCGACCAGGCUCCUCGCACACGACGCGGAGGUCGGUCAUCCCGGGACCACGGUGCCUCUCAGCCCGGGCCCUCAGGGGAGUUCGGCCCUCCCCGUCCGAGACAACACGACUUCCCCCUGCGCAUGCUCGUGCCUACUCAGUUCGUAGGAGCCAUCAUAGGGAAGGAGGGCCUCACCAUCAAGAAUGUCACGAAACAGACGCAGUCCAAGGUGGACAUUCAUCGGAAGGAAAAUGCAGGUGCAGCAGAAAAGCCCAUCACCAUCCACUCAACUCCCGAGGGCUGCUCCUCCGCCUGUCGCAUGAUCCUGGACAUCAUGCAGAAGGAGGCCAAUGAGACCAAGACGACGGAGGACAUCCCUCUGAAAAUCCUCGCCCACAACAGCCUCGUAGGCCGGCUGAUUGGGAAGGAGGGCCGAAACCUGAAGAAAAUUGAGGAGGAGACAGGGACCAAGAUUACCAUCUCCUCGUUACAAGACUUAACCAUUUACAACCCAGAGAGGACCAUCACAGUGAAGGGCAGCUUGGAGGCGUGUUGCAAAGCCGAGGCGGAGAUCAUGAAGAAACUGAGGGAAGCCUACGAGAAUGACAUUGCUGCUAUAAACCAACAGGCUAACCUGAUCCCAGGCUUGAACCUGAACGCUCUGGGAAUCUUUUCCUCUGGGCUGCCGGUGCUGCCCCCUGCUGCUGGACCACGCGGUGCCGUGCCCGCUGUGGCACCAGCAGGAUACAACCCAUUCUUAAGUCACUCUUCACAUCUCGGUGGCCUGUACGGGGUUCCUCCAGCAAGUGCCAUCACCCACCAGCACUCACAACAGGCUCAAGAGCAGGAGGUUGUCUACCUCUUUAUUCCAACUCAGGCAGUUGGGGCCCUGAUCGGCAAGAAGGGCCAGCACAUCAAACAACUCGCCCACUUCGCUGGAGCUUCCAUCAAGAUUGCCCCAGCUGAAAACCCAGACGUUACUGUGAGGACGGUUAUCAUUACUGGAACCCCAGAGGCUCAGUUUAAGGCCCAAGGUCGGAUAUUUGGGAAGCUGAAAGAGGAGAACUUCUUCACAGCGAAGGAGGAGGUCAAACUGGAGACGCACAUCAAGGUUCCCUCAACUGCAGCUGGCAGGGUCAUCGGUAAAGGCGGCAAGACGGUAAACGAGCUGCAGAACCUUACGAGUGCUGAGGUCAUUGUACCUCGGGACCAAACUCCAGACGAGAACGACGAGGUCUUUGUGAAAAUCAGUGGGCAUUUUUUUGCCAGCCAGACUGCACAGAGGAAGAUCCGGGAGAUCAUUCAGCAGGUCAAACAGCAGGAACAGAAGCACCAGCAGGGCGCCACCGUGUCACUGCACCACUCCAAGUGACCAGCAGGGUGGCUCCAGCGGGCGCCAGCCAAUGAAUGUAGCCCUCCCAAACGGACAGAGACCUACCCAGACAAAGGCCAAGGCCAAGGGGUACAUGCAGGGCAGACCAGCAGCACCGAUCAAAACCAAAGAACUUCACUAGGGGGGAAACAAGUGAGAGCCAAAGGCUGAGGGCAUUGUGUGCACUGCCAGCCCUGUGAGAGCAGAUACAGUAGAGUGGGAGAAGUCGUACUGAUAUAAUAUAAUAAAAAGACCAAAAAAAAAAAUCUAAAAGAAAGGCAGAAACUGUUGUCUUUACAGUUAAAAAGGUAAACAGGAAAUAGUAAGUCGCCCUGCAUAAUGUUAUCUCUUAAGUUGGACUAACAUAGGCCUAACAAACGGAUAAAGCAACUGUAUUAACACGAGAGUAUACGAGGCUAUGUGAUUGACAUUUUGAGUUAGAAUGAGAACGAGUGACAACGGACACCUUCUCUCACAAACGAGUUGAGUUGAUAUUCAGAUUGCGAGAAUAAAUAUCCUUAGCAGUAUUAAUACAGAGUAGAAAAGUAUAUUGAUACACACUGAGAGUGUGCACUGUUAUUUUUCUAUCAAAAUGACAGCACAACUCGGUGUAGUUUGUAACAUUUCGCUUGUUCCAGAGUUCGACCGGGCUGUGACAGCCACAUAAAGCGGUUUCCUUUGUUCGUUCACAUUAUAGGCCACUGAAAUCUAAAAGAAAAAAACCCCUAUAAGUAAAUAUGGUGAAUGGUUCUGAGUCUUUGUAACAAGCCUGUGUGUGUGCCAACGCAAAAGAUAACCUCCCUUUGAAAUGUCUCUCACCAUUCAUACCUGAUGCUACACUUAUUUAGUUUCUUUUUCUGCUAAUUUCUGCUUCACUUUCUCAUCACUCUCUCUCAUCUGGCAUCAUGUUUUGUUUUUUAAUAGGAUAAAAAUAUUCGUUGUCAAAAAAAAAGAUUUUUUUUUUUCUGUAGCCUUUUGAUAACAUUGAACUGACUGCCACUUUCGCUCAGCAGAGGUUAAAUGCAAAAGAGGGAUUUAUUUUAGUUUGUUUUCUUUUUUUACCAGUAAACUGGUAUCACUCUCCCAUUCUGUACAGCAGACUUUAUCUACAUUCAUGCUUGUUGUCCUGAUAUAAAAAACAAAUAAAAAGGAUGUCUCUAAAGGCAUUCUCCACUGCGAUCAGAACAAAUAUUGACGUCUUAAAAAAACAAAAACAAAAAACUGGUGCACCUUUGCUUGUUAACAGGCGACCAGUCAUUUUGAAUGUGCACCACCACACCUCUACCUUACUAGGACGUCACAAGGGCCAACGCACAAAAUGCGAGCUGAGGGCCCAGAAAAAAAGGGGGACGACGGGGAGUUUAAGGGAGGUUUUGUGUGGAGUGGCAGUGAGGGUGGGUGGGAUGGGGUGGGUUUAUGGGGAGGCACUGUAUGACCUGUGGUACACACACAACCGCAAACAUGACCGCAGCCGCGUUUGGCUUUAACCCUCUCUUGUCAGGGAGCUUUCUAAAACGGCAUGACAGCUGUGAAUGUACGAUAUGCAGCCUUUUUAGAAAUAUCACCCCUGCCGUGUCCAGCAGGCCGGGCCAGAGGCACAAACACAGAUUGUCAUUCUCACUCUCGCUCUCUUUUCUUUCUCUUUUUCUGUUUUUACUUUCUUUUCUUCUACUUCUUCCUUCUUUUUUUUUUUUUUUUUUUUUUGCCGAGCUGGCCAACUGCUCUGUGUGCGAGCACGCUGGACACGCAGGUCCUGGUGUCCCCUUUGUGCUUUACUUUGGAGACCGUGGAAGCUUGUUGCCUUAAUUUGUCACCUUUCAGACAUCAUCCAUCAGCUUCAUCUUCCAGACGCAAAGGUUAUUGCCAAUACGCACAGCUUCCUCCGUGUGUGUGUAUGUGUGUGUGCGCGUGUGUGCAUGUGUGUGUGUAUAUAUAUAUAAAAAGAGAGAGUAAUAUUUAUGAAUCUAUUUUUUUCCUAUUUUGUGAUGAGAGCUAUUGAUAAGAAACAAAAAGAAAACAAAGUCCUUUUCUUUUUUUCCUCAGUGGGACACUGCCAUAUUGUUUUGAAGGGAAGUGUUUAUUUUCUUGAAAACUAGACUAUGAAUAAUAAUAUAAAUAAAAACCUGAAAAAAUAGGAGAACAGUAAAGUGAACCACCGCGUUAACUUUGGUCAGGAUGUGAACAGUGCGCAUGUCAGUAUUGUGAUCUACCUCAGGCUUCAGGGUACCUCAGUCCAAUCUUUCAUUUCCCCUUUUUCCACAUUUUGUAUGCCUUGUUAACUGAUCAUUUUGAGCGUUUUUAAUUUUCUUUUUUAAUGAAAAAAAAAAGAACAAGAGAAAAGAUCUACAGUAAUCUCUAAACUCUUCAGGUCCAGCCGACUAGUGAAACUUUGUAAACCGUAGUCAGACUGUCUUUGCCUGGACGCCAUACAACCUCUUAAUGAUACACGUCAAAGGAUUUCCAAGUUGAUUUUUUUUUUAAAUUUUAUUUUAUUUUUUAUUUUUGCUAGGAAGGAAUGAAGAGCAGGAUCUAGGGGGUACAUACCUGCCCGAAGUGGUUCCGAAUGUGGAUGUUGUGUACUGAUUUCACCAUCAAAGCAAGAAAAAAAAGAAAGAAAGAUACAAGUCAGUUGAUAAAAACAGAAACUAACCAACUGUACCUCCUGUUUUUCCCAAAUGUACCUCCAGGUUUUUUUUUUAGAAAAAAAAAACAUUGAAGUUUGUUCACUUGUGAAAAAAAAAAAUGAAUUUUUAUAACAACCCAAUUCAAUCUUACCAGCUCUGUUUGAUAACAGCAUACUCUGGGGUUGAUUUGAAGAAAACACGAAGCUGCAAAAAUACACUGACAGGACUCUUGAACAUGUUGUAAAACCCUAGUCUUCUGUGUAGAAUGUAGAACAACUCUAGUCUAGUCGUUGAAAUGUCACUGUGUACGACAAGAUGUAUAUCUGUAAAACAUGUACAAUAGAGUCACACAUAAGUGCAUCGUUUUUUUUUUCUCUGUCUCUCUAUAACACUUACCAGUCUGCACCUGCAUUGUGAGAGAGAUGGUGGGAGAAGUUUAGAGUGUCACACCUUCCCUCAAAACUGACCUCUAAAUUGUUUUCACAUCAAUCCACCGAUUUUAAUUUUAAUUAUUAUUAUUUUUUUUUUUUUGUGCUGUAUAUUUCAGAAUUACCUCUCAGAAUCCAAGGCUGACUUUAGUUACUAAAACCAAUGUAGGGCAAAAAAUUGAAUAAAUGAAUGCUAUAGUGAAAGUUAGUGUUUGUCUUUGGAGUUAUUUUAACUGUUGAGAGCUGAUUAUUAUUAUUUUUUUUUUAACUCUUUGGAGGGCAGACUUGUCAUCAGAUGAGACGGAUCAUUUUGUCCCAGUGAACACAGACUAGCAGUGCUAAAAUAAAACAUUUAAAAGAAAAAAAAAGGUCUAUUAAACUCACACAAUGCCUGAGGCUGUUUCAACAAGCCUCCCCACAGCCGGUACAGUACCUCAUACUGAUGAUGAUAGCUUACCAGACCUGAUUCAAAUACCCUGACCUUACCCACACGAAUGCAGUAACGGUGCUUCAACGCGAACGCAUGACUCCUGUGGUGGUCUUCUUCACUGUAGUAGGGUAUGCCAUGGAGAUAAAAUGGCUUUUCACAGUAGCACUCGAAAUUGUAGUUUGUCACUCAUGGUUUGUUUGACUGUCAGGAGUAGCUUUUUAGAGCAGUUUUGAAGUUAAGGCUCUUUUCUUUGCAUUACAGAGGACUCUUCAGACCUCUGUCUCUCUUGUGUUUUUGGCUCUUUAUACAGUAAAGUGCAGGUUUCCCUCCAGCCGGUUCGGUUUCACUGCGGUGUCGCCAGCAGAGCAUCAUGGCCGUUGAGACAUCCAUAAACCGACCGCAAAUCUGAGGCUGAAACUUGUCAAGAUGAUAGUAACCUUUUAAUUUUACUUCCAAGGAUUGGUGUUUCUAGGUUUUGUGGGGUGUUGCUAGACAUUAAUAUUCAGUACCAGAAAACCACAAUUACACACAUCACUGAGGGUGUACUGUGUUGUUAGUCAUAUCACAUGGUGGUUGGUUAGUUUAGGCUUUUUUUUUUUGUUUGUUUGUUUUCUGUUGAUCUGGUUUUUCGCGUCAUUUACACUGAUUUAAUAAUAUAGUCUGGAGCAUUAGCUGGGAUUCUUUGCUUUAAUAUUCAUUCCUGUUAGAUCACUACCAAUAAUACUAGCUGUUAAAUUGUGGUUAAAAAAAAAAUAUCCUAGCUAGGAUUUUGAACACAUUUGGGAAUCAGAAAGGCAAAAUAAAUGAUUCUGUGACAUGCAAAGAAGGGUUGACAGAGUAUCCAGGUCUGAUUAAACAAAAAGCUGAUGAAACCUUGUUCUGCCUUUGGGACUGAACAGAAAAGAGGGCAUUCAACAAUCAUCCAAAAAAAAAUUAUGGAUUAGGUGAGGAAGGAUUUAGUCAAGUCGGGUCAGAUGUAUGCAGAACCACAGCAGUGUUUUUUUGUCCUGUCUUGUUAAAUGAGAAACACAAAGCAUUGCAUGAGACUGUUGUAGGCGAUCCAGUAUGUACUACACUUCAUAUAGCACUAGACUUUAAGUAGUGGUUUUACAUGGAUCCAUUUCUUAAUUACAUUUCACCAUUUGGGAGAUUCCUACAGUUCUACAUUUCCCACGGGCCAAAAGGUCCCAAAUACCUCAAGGUAAUUGGUGACUGUGUGUUGGACAGACAUAUGAUCAAUUUUUAGUACAUCUCGUGGAUCCAUGACUUUCUGGUAACAGCCAUGCUAUUGUUUUGAGUUGAGUGAACUGUAUUGCUGAGCAACCUGGAUCUGAGCAAUAAAGAAUAUUUGAAAAAAAAAAAAAAA